AUGGCAUCUGGACCAGAAAUGUCAGCCCCAAUUUGUCUGGUGGAAAACAACAAUGAGCAGCUGAUGGUGAACCAGCAGGCUAUACAGAUUCUUGAGAAGAUUUCUCAGCCAGUGAUAGUGGUGGCCAUUGUUGGACUGUAUCGUACGGGAAAAUCCUACUUGAUGAACCGUCUGGCAGGGCAGAACACUGGCUUUCCUCUGGGAUCCACAGUGCAAUCUGAAACCAAGGGCAUCUGGAUGUGGUGUGUGCCCCACCCCAACAAGCCAAACCACACCCUGGUCCUUCUGGACACUGAGGGCCUGGGCGAUGUGGAAAAGAAAAUAAUAGAGGAGAAGAAGAACUACUUCUUGCUGAAGAAUGAAGAGACCUCUGAAAAAUACUGUCAGGAUGAACUGAAUUUGCUUUCAAAGUCCCUAAUGGAAAGCAUUUUUGCAGGAACUUUCUCUGUUCCUGGAGGCCACAAGCUCUACAUGAAAGCAAGGGAAAAUGUUGAAUAGGACUACUUGCGAGUGCCCAGGAAAGGAGUCAAGGCAGGUGAUGUCUUCCAGAGGUUCCUGCAGUCACAGGCAGUAACAGAGGAAUUCAUCCUGCAGGCAGAUAAAGCCCUCACUGAUGGGGAAAAGGCCAUUGCAGAGGAGCGGGCCAAGAAGGAGGCAGCUGAGAGGGAAGAGGAGCUUUCAAGACAGAGACUACAGGAACAACAGCAACAGAUGGAGGCUCAAGAGAGGAGUUUCAAGGAAAACGUGGAGCAACUGAGAAAGAAGCUGGAGGAGGAGAGAGAAGAGCUCCUGAAAAACCAGAACACCAUGUUGGAGCACCAGCUGAAGAUUCAAAAGGAUUUGCUUGAGGAAGGAUUUAGGAAGAAAUCCAAGGAAAUGAAUGAAAGAAUUAAUCAACUGAAAGAAAGAAUUGAAGUUACAAAAAAUAAUAAUACUCCCUGGAUUGCAAGAGUGUUGGAUGCAUUUGGUGAUAACCUGACUUCAGUAUUGUCUGCUCCUGGUAAAUAUAUUGGUAAUCUUGUAAAAAAUUUUGCCUCCCUAUUUAAAAAGUAA